AUGGAGUUUCGGACUCUGGAGUUCGGGCUCAAUGCUGUUGCUUCUCAGGGCGUGACCCUGAAUAUGUACGAAAAAGUUUCGUUAGACGUUGCACUAGUAAAGCUGAAGAAGAAAGCCAGCGUUGAACGAGAACUGUUCUUCUGGGGGAAACUUUGUUGUCAAGAAACGGAUUACUACAUCAGCUAUGUCGUGGAAGACGAACAACCUUCGUACCCAACCAAAAAGUUCUACUACAGUACCGGCGAAUUCGACUUUCGCGAUCUGCCCAUACUAACAGACGAGCAAAAGAAGCAACUUGAUGCAGUGGGCAACAUCUUUCUGAUUGGUGUUCCGAAUCGAGUCAUAGAGCUCGGGAACGAAGAAGGUUCAUCGCACCACCGUGUCGCUUUAAAUGAGGUUCAUGCCCUUAGUCAUCGCGUAUCUCGGAUCGACGACUCAACAGCUGUUGUUCCUCGAGGGGCCUUUAGACUAAAGUUCGGAAACAAAAUCGCCCCUGCUCCGGAAUUCAAAGGUUUAAGCUUUGGCGAAGCUCAGAAAAUUUCUUCCUGGGUUCAUUUCCGUCCAGCAGAAAACCUUGAGAAUCUCAAGGCUCUUGCGUCCACAGAUUACCAGUUUCACGCUGACUUUCUGGAGACUCUGGAGAGUGAUGUGCCUAAAGGUAGCUGGUCAGUUCGGUAUGACCCAUCUUCAAGUACGGUCACAGUCCGCAGUCUUUUGUGGCCGGGGUACAUCGCUUAUUGCGUUCUGAACACAAAUUUCUUCGGCGGUGUCUACAUCGGAAACGGGGAACAAAAUUUAGAUCUUCCCUUCCUCCUCCCGUGA